AUGACGACGGAGCGACGCCACCACCGUAUCGAACAGCUCGGCCGCCUUCCUCCAGGCCCCCGCCCGCUCCCGCUCGUCGGCAACAUCUUCCAGCUGGGCUGGUCUCCGCACAAGUCAUUGGCCCACCACGCCCGAGCCCACGGCCCAAUCAUGACCCUCUACCUCGGCUCCAUGUGCACCGUCGUGAUCUCGUCCAAACAAGCCGCCCGCACCAUGUUCAAGAGCUACGACGUCGUGCUGGCCGGACGGAAGAUCUACGAGUCCAUGAAGGGGCCCAAGAGCCGCGACGGCUCCAUCAUCACGGCCCAGUACGGACCCCACUGGCGCAUGCUCCGCCGCCUCUGCACCGUGGAGUUCUUCGUCGGCCACCGGCUCGACGCCACCCAGCCCGUCCGGAGCCGGUGCGUGGAGCGGAUGAUCCGGUUCAUCGACGAGGCCCGGGCCCACGAGCCAGCUGUGGACCUGGGCCGGUUCAUUUUCCUGAUGGCGUUUAACCUAAUAGGGAACCUCAUGUUCUCGAGGGACUUGCUGGACCCCAAGUCCGAGAGAGGGGCGCGGUUCUUCCACCACGCCGGGAAAGUGAUGGAGUUCGCCGGGAAGCCCAACGUGGCGGAUUUCUUCCCGGUUCUGAGCCCGUUCGACCCGCAAAGGAUCCGGAGGAACACCCAGUUCCACGUGGAGCGCGCGUUCGAGAUUGCCGGGGAGUUUAUCGAGGAGAGGACACGUGGAGAUCAUAGUGGCGGCAGCGACGUGGACGACGAGAAGGGGAAGGAUUUUUUAGACGUGUUGCUGGAUUUCCGCGGGGAAGGAGUUGACGAGCCGGCCAAGUUUUCUUCUAGGAUGGUCAACGUCAUUUGUAAGGAGAUGUUUACGGCAGGUACAGACACAACUACGAGCACAUUGGAAUGGGCCAUGGCGGAGCUCCUCCACAACCCAGAAAAGCUACACAAGGCCCAAUCCGAGCUAAGGGCCGUCGUCGGCCCAAGCCAGAAACUUAAAGAACAAGACACCCCUAAUCUACCGUACCUUAAAGCCAUCAUCAGCGAAACGUUGAGGCUCCAUCCACCAUUGCCCUUCCUCGUCCCGCACAUGGCCAUGCAGCCAUGCAAGAUGCUAGGGUACUACAUCCCCAAAGAGACCCAAAUCCUAGUGAACGUUUGGGCCAUUGGCCGAGACCCGACCACGUGGCCCGACCCACAUGAGUUCAAACCCGAGAGGUUCUUGGACUCCGAUGCAGUUGAUUACAAAGGCCAAAAUUUUGAGUUCAUACCGUUUGGAUCGGGGAGGAGGAUGUGCCCGGCUGUGCCGCUUGUUUUUCGAGCUUUGCCCUUGGUGUUGGGCUCAUUGUUGCAUGAGUUUGAUUGGGCUUUGCCUGAUGGGCUUAAGCCCCACGAUUUGGAUAUGAGCGAAAGGAUGGGGAUUACCCUUAGGAAAGCUGUUCCAUUGAAAGUGAUACCGAGUAGGAACAUCAUGAUCUCGCCACAUCACUACUGGUCAACGCUAUGGCCAGCUAACAUCCUCUUGCUUCUCACCCUGCCGGCGCUACUCCUCCUCCUCACCCGCCGCCGCCGCCCCAACCUCCGCCACCCUCCCGGCCCGCCGGGGUGGCCGGUGAUCGGCAACAUCCUCGACCUCGGCGCCAUGCCCCACCGCUCCCUCACCGCCAUGCGCGACGCCCACGGCGACGUGGUCCGCCUACGGCUCGGCUACUCCAAGAGCGCCGUCGCCAUCCUCUCCACCUCCGCCGCCGCCGACUUCUUCAAGAACCACGACCUCGACUUCGCCGACCGGACCGUCACCCAGAUCAUGAAAGUCCACGGCUACGACCGCGGGUCCGUCGCCCUCGCCCCCUACGGCCCGUACUGGCGCGUCCUCCGCAGGCUCGUCACCGUCGACAUGCUCGUCGCCAAGCGGAUCAACGCCAGCUACCCCGUCCGCCGCAAGUGCGUCGACGACAUGAUCCGGUGGAUCGGCGACGAGUCCGGGUCCGAGAUCCAGCCAGCGCGUGAGAUCCACUUGGCCCGACUCGUGUUCCUGACCACGUUCAACCUGCUGGGCAACCUGCUCAUGUCCAAGGACCUGGUGGGCUCGGACUCGAACGAUGCGGACACGUUCUUCGAGGCGAUGAUGAAGCUGAUGGAGUGGAGCGGGCACGCCAACGUGGCCGAUGUGUUCCCCUGGCUGCGAUGGCUUGACCCUCAGGGCUUGAGGAAGAAGAUGGACCGGGACCUUGGGAUCGCGCUAGGGGUUGCUUCCAAGUUCGUCAGGGAGAGGAUCACCGAAGAAGGAGACAACAAGGAGAAGGAAGGCGACAAGAAGGACUUCCUCGAUGUGAUGCUCGAGUUCCGAGGCAACGGGAAGGACGAGCCCGACCGAUUUACCGAGCACCAGAUCAACAUUUUCAUCUUGGAGAUUUUCUUGGCGGGAUCGGAGACGAGCAGCAGCACGAUCGAGUGGGCAAUGACGGAGCUCCUCCGCCACCCGGAGUCGAUGUCCAAACUGAAGUCCGAGCUGGACAAAGUGGUGGGACCCGACCGGAAAGUGGAGGAGUCCGACAUCGACGACCUCCCGUUCCUCCAAUCCGUCAUCAAGGAGACCUUCCGCCUCCACCCGCCGCUCCCCCUGCUGGUGCCGCGGCGCGUGGAGGAGGACGCGGUCUACAUGGGCUACCACGUGCCCAAGGGGACGCAGGUCCUGGUCAACGCGUGGGCGAUCGGACGGGACGCGGAGGCCUGGGGGGACGACGCGUGGGGGUUCAAGCCGGAGCGGUUUUUGGGCUCCAAGGUGGACUUCAGGGGCCAGCAUCACCAGCUGAUCCCGUUCGGAGCCGGGCGCCGGGUCUGCGCCGGGUUGCUGCUGGCCCAUCGGAUGGUCCACCUGGUGUUGGGGACGUUGGUUCAUGAAUUCAACUGGGAGCUUACCGUUGACCCCAAGGAUCUUAACAUGGAUGAUCGGUUGGGGGUGACCAUGAGGAGAUUUGAGCCGUUGAUGGCCGUCGCAAGAGAAGUCAGGGGGUGAACUGAUGAUAAUGUUCGUACGUGCAUGGUGACGUCCCACUUUGACCUUUGGAUGAAAUAGGAGCAAAAUGUGUUUUGGUUUUUCUCUUCCUUGAAUAAUUAAUGACAUAGUCACACUAUAAGUAUUCAUUGUUUUGUUCUACGUAUAUUAUGUGCAACUUUAAGAAACAUGC